GGACGUGAUAAUGACUGCGGGGCAGUCGUCGCGACUAGCCCCUCGACGGCCAUGACAUGCGAGAUGACGGACGAUGCUUGGCCAGUCCGAGUGCUAUACAACCAAGCAGCGCGAUGCUUCCUGCAACGCAGACACCUCGAGUCACUCCUGUCGGCGCAGAGGGCCAUCUCAAGUCUUGUCGAUGAGGUUGCCUCCCCGUCAUCAGACAAGACGGCCUUUCGGAUGCAGCUCGUGGAAAGGCUCGUGAUUCUCCGCAUCACCAUCUUGGCCACCCUCUACCGUCCUCCUCCGAUCACGAGUCCCACUGUGACGGGGCUCGAGAAGCUCCUUUCAUCGAAGGAAGAGGCAUCGCUCGCAAAGGACUGCAUCGAACUCCUCUCUCAGGAGCCAAAUGCCUUCGUUGCGCGUCUUUGGUACUCUACGCUUGGCAUAUAUCAGCGAUUCUCGGUCCUGCCUCCAAGAGCUCCUCCACCGAGACACUUGGCGUCUGGUGGUCUGGAUCGGAUUCAGUCUUCGGUCGAAACGCAAUCCACGGCCUUAAACCUCCCGGCAGCUGUCGUAGCAGCCGUCGUCAUGGGUGCGUUGCGUAUCGAUGAGGAACAGCGCAAUGCAGCAACAUCAGGCCGACUGGACGCAAAGCCUCGAUCGCUUCUGAGUCGAAAGGAGGCUCAGAUGAGAGGCACCGAUCCGUCGCUUGUCGCUUCAGCGCCAGCGGAUGGGACACAGGCGGGCAUCGCUUCUGCGAAAGCUAUAUGCGAAUGGAUCUUGGCAGCCCACUCUGCCGAGGGCGACUGGCCAGCAGGCACCGCGUCGCUGUCAGACAUGCAGCGAAACCACCUCCGUGAUCAGCACCAUAGGGUGCUAACAUUGUAUACGCUCCACAUUCUGGGCUCGCGGCUUCAUCAGUGGGAAUAUGCGGGCGAGGUCGUUCGCUUGGCGACGUCCGUUGCGCACGACGGUGCAGAAGAGCACGUCGUUCAAGAACGCGCUGAAUUGCUAAGGCAGCUUGAUUCUGCAAAGGUGCACAUUGAGACGAGGGGCGAGCGCAGGCGCGCGGCAAGCGAGCAGGCGAGGGCCAAGUGGGACGAAGAGAAGAAAAGGCGGGUGACCAGCAGCGUCGGUGGCGGCGGCGACCCUGGACAGGCGCAAGAAGGGACUCACGCCCAAGUCCAAGCCCACGCACACGCACAUGCACACGCCUCGAUGGAGAGGGCAAAGGUAGAGGACGCGAGGAAGAGGGCCGACAGGUCAAGAGAGAAGAGGCCGUCUAGCAAGAGAGUGAGCAGCGCAAGCGGCAGCAGCUCAGCCGGCAGCGAAGACGAGAGGGCCAAGAAGCCCCCCAGCGCGAGCACUGUAACUGACGCGACUCUCGGCGACUCGUUCGCUGACAAGCGCCAACACAUUGCCGGCCAUGCCUCGAGGCUUUCUUCCGCCAGAGGUCAGGAGGAGCACCGGGCCACAGUGCCCGCUCCAUCGGCAAAGGGAACAAGCCGACAUCAAGACGAUGAGGCCGAAAUGCGGCUGGGCAUCUUUAGACGGUUGCUGCGGGCCAAUCCUCUUGCUCUUGUUCGCUACCUCUCGGCCAUUGUCGCAGCACUCUUCAUCCUCCGACGAGCAUUUAUGCCAGCUAGACAACCGUCUGGGCCGUCUACUAUCACAAGCUCCUCUUCCGACGCAAGCCAAAGGACAAGGGAUAGGCUCAGACGCAGUAGGAGAGAAGAGCAGGGCUUUGUGUCGAGAGUGAUCGCAAAGAUGUGGGAGACACUGCGGAUGGGCACCUCGGUCACCUACUUGUAGUAGUCUUGCCCCAAUUCAAUGCAGCUUUGUCACAUUUCAUCAUUAUCAUCAUCAAUGUCGUCAUCGUCAUCGUCGUCAUUGUCCGCAAUGCGUCGCACGGGAAAGGCUCCUACGUCAACCUUGUCCGGCUUGACGAAGCCGCCGUGGCUUGGCUUCGCACUGAAGUAGCGGUGUCCUUUUAUGCUUCCGUCGUUUUUCCCCACUGGCUCGUCGUAUUCGAUGCCGAUCCAAGUGCCUGGAGCAAAAGCGGUGGGGCCCACGAAGCGAAUAGUGCCCCGCCUCUCUCCUUCGAUGACCUGGCAGCGAGCGCCUGGCUGCGCGUUUGAUGGCAAGUCGGGCACAUCGUUGACGUCCGAAGUAGCCGAAGCAGCUGCCUCACCGAACCGACCCAUUUUCAUCCGUUGCUUGUAAGCCAAGACCGAGUCUGCAACAGAGAAGAGAUGGCCUUGUGAGCGUC